AAUAACUGAAUAAAAAUGACAGAAAGAGCACAUGAUCGAGAUCACUCAUCGUCUAGGUGGGAUAUUCCGGGGCCAUCUUCUAUAGCAGCAAUUCUGGAUACUAUUUAUAUGUCUCCUGCAUCAGACAAUAUAAUACGGAAUGAAGAAAUGGAAUGUGAUCCAUUAUUUGCAGAAAGUGAUGAUGAUGUACUACCUGUUCCUAUUGAAGUGAUGUCUGAAAGAAUUUCUCCAACACCAGAAAACGCUAUAUCAUCAAGUUAUGUUAAUUCGACAUCACCAAUACAGCCUUUAACCCAUCCAGUUUCUGCAUACACCCCUGUCCCUGAAGAGUAUCAGCCCCUACCUGAUAGUUCAAGUUCCUUAGAAUAUGGUCUUGGUAGGAAUAACCAAGACAGUACUAUUUCACGCGGUCCUGGACUUCAUGAUAUAAACAUUCGCUAUCAACCAAAACCAGUUCCUCAACAAAGUGGUUUUUACUAUCCAAAUUACAUACACUAUGCUGAAAGACCUACAGCUGAUUACAUUGUAGCUCCUUAUUCUACAAAUAAUAUGGUAGUAGUCGGUGAGGAAAGAAAUCACCUGCCCAUAAAUUAUACACUUCCACCCAAUCCUCAACCUCUUCGAGAUACCGCUUUGACACAUAUAGGAUAUGAACAUAUGUCUGCUCUGAAUGAGCCCCUUGGUCACUUUCCUAGCAGUGGAAGCCGAAACCAUGGCCAAGCACAUAAUUUAGAAAGACCAAGUCGUAAAUUAAAUAUAUCCCCAAGGAGAAAACAAUCAAAAGAAAAUGAAAGUCAUCCUAAUUUAAUAGAAGUAAGUUCAGAGGAAGAAGAUAAUACAACCUCAGCUAGUAAAAAGCAAAGUGAAAAUAGCAUAAACAGAGAUGUCUCAAAUUCAAGUGGAGAUCAGGGUCCUAGCUCGAGACCAGCAGGUAGUAGUUCAAGCUCAAGCACAAGUUUAGAAAUAAAGAGAGAACCACAAGAGCAAUUAGACUCUAGAGUUAAUGUUAAUGUGGCUCAGUCUGGGCACAGUCAAACAAACAGACCAAGCAACCAAACAGCAGUGCAAACCUCAAUGAGGUCAACCAAUUUACCCGGACACAAUGUUCUAGUGAAGCAAGAAAAUCCUACAAUCUCUUGUAGUCCUCGACAUUUUCGAAGAAACUAUGUACAUACACGUCCUUGCCACACACAAACAGAUCAGAAUGUGACACACAGAUCUAGUCCCACUUUCUGCAAAUGUCACAAUAGGUCACACCAUCAUCACCACCACCACCACCAUCAUCAUCAUCACCAUAGAACUUUUAGUGCCCAUGACAAUCCACCAGGUUCACCAAAUCCAUCCGUGUCAAAUAUUAAAGAGGAACCUGGUUUACAGCCCAUUGUUAAAGUUGAAAAUACAUCAAAUACUAACAGGCAAGAAAAUACACCAGUAGUAAAAAUUGAGGCAAUGGAACAGAUUCCUGUAAAAACAGAACCGGGGACAUCAAGCUCACAUGAUAGACAAAGUAGUGGCUGUAACAGUUAUGUCCAUGUUAAAUCGGAGCCUCAUGCAAGUUGCAGGAGAAAUGAUGAUGCUAGUGGGGCCAGAAGGCCCAGACACCCUUCACCUCAACCAGGCCCUAGUUCUGGAAGAAGUGUACAGUCAGAAAACUACUCAACAAUAAAUAACAACAAUCAAGAAAAUUUGGCCAAUAAUUCAGAUGGAUCUAGUGGCAGUACUGGGAAUGUCUUAUCUGCACCUGAUUUACAGUUAGAUUGGGUGUCCGACUCCAGCUCCGAUGAUGAUAUCCAAGUUUUAGAAGAAGAGCAAAAUCGGCAAGUGAUCGAUUUGACUAAUUCCCCGGGGCGCGCGGGGUCCCCGGCGGCGGCGCCCCCGCGGCCCCUGUUCGAGUCCGUGCCGCACCGCGAGCCGCCGCCCGCCGGCUCGCCGCCCGACUGCACGCCGCACGCGCACGCGGCCGCGCACCCGCCCCCGCACCCGCCCCCGCACCCGCACCUCGUGCACCAGAGGAGAGUGCCUGCGUGUCGCGGAUGCCGCUGCGUGCCGCACACGCGCUCCCUGCACGCGCACCCGCACGCACACGCGCGCACGCCGCACGCGCACCCGCUGCCGCACGCGCACGCGCACGUGCUCCCGCACGCACACGGACACCCGCACGCGCACGUGCCGCACUCGACCCCGCCGCACGCACACUUGGGCGAACGUCGGCGGGAAGGCAUGUCCAUCGCACCGCCAUAUCUUGUACACGAACGACUAUGGCAACGACAGCAGCACAUGUUGGAAGUACAACGUCGAAGUUUUGUGGGUGAUAUGGACCGCGUAGCUUCGGGCUUCACUCGCUACCCUUCGCCAUACAUACCUAGACCUACUGCAAUGUUAGCGUUCCCAGAUGAAUUGGAGAAUCACGAAUUAGGGGGGACGCCAUUGGUUGUUGACGGCCAGCACAUACACCACUAUAUGCAUCACUACUUCCAAAUGCCGCCGCAUCUGCACAUCUCAAUUCAACCAUCAGUCAUGGGCUCGGGCGCGCUGUCGGCGCUGGUGCGCGGCGGCGAGGAGGCGCGGCGCGCGGCCCGCGGCGCCUCGCGCGCCGUCAUCGAGCGCAACACGCGCCGCCACUACUACGCGCGCCCCGCGCCGCACCACCAGGACGAGAAGUGCACCAUCUGCCUCUCCGUCUUCGAGGUCGACGCGGACUGCAGGCGCUUACCGUGUAUGCAUCUAUUCCAUAUGGAGUGUGUGGACCAAUGGCUUAGCACUAACAAACACUGCCCUAUAUGCAGAGUCGAUAUUGAGACACAUCUUAACAAGGAUGCAACAUUUUAGUAAGGUGUGGAGAACUUAUAAUGGCCUGCUGUUGUAACUCCAAGCUCUCUUGCUGCAACUCAUGUGUUAAUUGUUUUUGAGUGUUACAAGCCCUGAAAAUAAAUUUUCUCUUCAAAAUAUUAAAACACUAAUUCAAUAUUACAAUGUUUUUAACAAAGUGUUGUGUUGUAAAAUGUAAGUCUAGAGACAUUUAAUAAUGAAUGGAAAGUGUUUAGCUAUAAAAAUGUGGUUAACUUAGAGCCUGUUUCACCAGUUGUGAAUAAUGCUAUUUGAAAGAUGAUGCUAUCCAACAGAUAAAGGGUCUAGAAAAAUAUUUUUAUUUUUUACUGGCCUAUUCUACCUCCUGUUGUUAAAGUCUGUUUAUAAUUUUUUUGCAGGACAAACUGGGCCUUAAUGAUUCAUUGUGAAAUAGUCUGUUGAAGUUGUUGUAAUUUGUGAUAUGUAUGAGAUUUGGUUGAUUUUUUAGGACUUAUUUUUAUACUGAUUGAAUUAUUAUACCACAAUCGUUUAUUACGGAACUGACUGAAUUUAAAAAAAAUUAAACUUGUGACUCUAGAUUUACUUGUUAUGAAAUAAUUUUUUAGGUUUGUAAUAAACUAUUUGUUAUUUUAAUCUUGCUUGGUUACAUCUAUAUUAAUAAGGAAAGUAUAAGAAGAUUUUAAAGUAGAUUUAAAUAUAUAAUUAUAUCACAAUUUAUUAAAGACUUUAAUAACAAAA